UCAGCCUGCUGCAUGUGGGUUGGGUGGUGUCUAACGUUAAACAGGAAAGAGAGGCAUUUUACUGAAAACUUAUUUAUGACCACAUCACCUACUGAAAGGCAUUAAAGCUGAAAGAUAAACAGAUAAACCAAGAUGGACGACAUUGAUGCCAUGUUCAGCGACAUGCUGCAGGAGAUGGAUCUCCUAACGCAGAGUUUGGGAGAAGAAGCAGAGUCUGCACCUUUGCCUAAACCUCCCUCCAUUCCUGCCCCCCAGGAAAUGAACUUUUCCAUUGGUUUUACAGAUUUGAAUGCAUCCCUGCAUGAGAUGGAAGACAAUGACUUAGACGCCUUGAUGGCUGACCUGGUGGCGGAUAUCAGUGCCACGGAGGAAAAGUUUGCCACAGACAGAGAUACGUCAAAGGGGUCAGCUCCAUUUCCCCCAACACCCAUACAGCCUCAGAGUAACUUUGGCCUUCCAGUGUCAACUGACACCUCAAAAUCUGCAACUUCCUCCAACUCAAUUGCAGCUCCGCCCCCACCUCCCGCCUCUAAACCAUCAAGGGAAGAACAAGAGGAACAGAUGAAAGCAGAUAAAAUCAAGCUUGCUUUGGAGAAGUUAAAGGAGGCCAAAGUGAAAAAGCUGGUUGUAAAAGUGGAGAUAAUGGAUGGCAGCUCAAAGACUUUGAUGGUGGAUGAGAGACAAACAGUAAGAGAGGUGAUGGACAACCUGUUUGAGAAGACACAUUGUGACUGCAAUGUGGACUGGUCUGUGUGCGAGACCAACCCUGACUUACAGACUGAACGAGGGUUUGAGGACCAUGAGAACCUAGUCGAGCCUCUUUCUACAUGGACCAGGGACAGUGAAAACAAAGUGGUUUUUCAUGAGAAAAAGGACAAAUAUGAAGUGUUCAAAAACCCCCAGUUUUUUUAUAUGUGGAAAAAAGAUAAGAAAUCUCUAAUGGACAUGAAAGAAAAAGACAAAGAACAACUUCUGGAGGAGAAUUUUUGUGGAGCCUCCAUCAUUGUGCCUGACCUUGAGGGCCUUCUGUAUAUGAAGGAAGAUGGCAAGAAAUCCUGGAAACAGCGCUACUUCCUACUUCGGGCCUCUGGAUUGUAUUACUCACCCAAAGGCAAGACAAAGGCAUCACGGGACCUUGUGUGCUUGGUGCAGUUUGACAAUGUGAACGUCUACUACUGCAAAGAAUACAGAAUCAAAUACAAAGCACCAACAGACCACUGCUUCAUUCUCAAGCAUCCUCAAAUUCAAAAAGAAUCCCAAUACAUCAAGUAUCUGUGUUGUGAUGAUGAGCUGACCAUGACUCUGUGGGUGACUGGGAUACGUAUCGCAAAGUAUGGUAAGCAGUUAUAUGAAAACUACAAAGCCGCUGUAAGGAAAGCAGCCGGCACUGCAACCUGGGCUAACCGCACUAUCCAGGCCUCCUCCAGUGCAUCGACACCCUCUCCGACACCUAAAGCCAAAGCUGCGAAUGGACACGCUCCUCAGCUUCCAAAGGACACCAAGGGUCCUGGCAACCAAACAUCUUUCCCACCACCUCCACCUUCAAUGGAAACCCUGCCUCCUCCACCACCCGACCCCAUGUUGCCUCCUCCUCCUCCUGCUCCUCCAACCAAAGUCAACAAGUUUCCUCCUCCACCUCGAUUCCCACAAUCCUCCCUCCCACCUCCACCCAUGGAUGACCUGCCUCCACCUCCUCCUCCUCCAGAAGAUGUCGAGCUGCCCCCUGACUUUCUUCCUCCACCGCCUCCUAGUUUUGCACCUUACGGGGGAGACUCACUCCCCCCACCACCUCCAGACCCCAUUGCCUCCCUUCCACCUCCUCCUCCUGGUCCCCAAAACUUUGCAUCUGCAGGUGGAGCUCCACCACCGCCUCCACCCCCGCCUCCACCACCAGCUCCUGCACCGGCUACCAACCCAUCCGUCCGAAAAAUGGGUCCACCUCCACCAAAGAGAACUACACCUCAACAAACAGCGCCCCCAGGUGGCGAACUCAUGUCAGAACUGAUGACAGCAAUGCUGAAAAAGCGCAGUCAACAAUGAUCUUGAAUUCAGUUUGUGUAGUUGGACUAAGGAACUGACCGACAAGUUCUUGGCGUGACAUUAGGACACACAUCUUUAAUUCUUUGUUGGUCAAUGCUUGUAUUACACCACCAGACUAAAAUGUAAAUACUUUGUACUUAUGCACCUAAUCAGAUUAUAUGUAUUACAAAUAUUCUAUAUCAUCAUUGCUAAUGGAAUGUCAUAAUAAAUAAGGUCUUGCAGAGUUAACUGUUUAA